CGAGCAAGAAGAAGCAAAAUCUCGAUAUGGCUGCUUUACGAAACUUCAAACCGCUAUUUGAUAGGGUAUUAAUAGAAAAAUUUGCUGCAGCAACGAAAUCAAAAGGUGGCGUACUUUUGCCAGAAGCUUCCCUAGGCAAAGUUCUUAAGGGAACUGUCGUUGCCACUGGACCAGGAAAUGUGAACGAGAAAGGAGACUUGAUCCCUACCUCGGUGAAAGUUGGUGAUAAAGUUAUGUUACCUGAAUACGGUGGCACUAAAUUGAAUAUGGAGGAUAAGGAAUUGUACUUGUACCGUGACGGCGAUCUCUUAGGAGUAUUUACCGAUUAA